GGCAUGAGGGCGCAUGCGCACUUAUUCAAUGACAAUUGUUGAUAAUCAGCUGGAGUUAUUUUUUUGCAUUUGGUGAAAUAUUGGGCACGCGCCCCUGGCAGCGGGGCCUGCUGUACAGCAUACUCACAUUAGCUUUCAGUUUUACAUGAAGGGCUAAUGGAAGACGCAAGGGAUUUGGCUGAACGCACUUCACGGUCAGAAAGGAAGAGAAGAGACUCGUUUGGCAUGUUUGACGGGUAUGAGAGCAGCGAGGAGUCGAGCAGCAGCUCCAGCACAGAAGACAGCGAGGAUGAAGAGCGCAGUCUUCCUGCUGGUCUGCCCAUCAUCAAGAACAAUGGCCAGGUGUACACCUACCCAGAUGGAAAAGCUGGCAUGGCAACUUGUGAAAUGUGCGGAAUGGUCGGGGUCCGAGAUGCUUUUUACUCCAAAACAAAGAGGUUCUGCAGCGUGUCCUGCUCCAGAAGUUAUUCCUCGAACUCGAAAAAAGCCAGCAUACUGGCCAGACUUCAGGGGAAACCACCAACAAAAAAAGCAAAGGUCUUACAGAAACAGCCUCUCGUGGCAAAAUUGGCAGCUUAUGCACAGUAUCAAUCGAAUCAGCAGAGCCCAGCUAAAUCAAAAUCAGCUAUCCCUGUUGAGGGCUUCGACUGGGGUCGAUACAUUUGUAGCAAUAACCUGAUCGGGGCUCCAGUAAGCUGUUUCAAACAUGUUCCCAUGGGAUCAUUCUGGAGUGACAUUACUGAGAGUGUGAGGGUCGAGGUUCUCAAUUCUGACACAAACCUCUCCACCAAAGUUUACUGGAUAGCAGAGAUCGUUAAAUUAGCAGGUUUUAAAGCUCUUCUCCGAUAUGAGGGAUUUGAAAGUGACUCAAGCCAUGACUUCUGGUGUAAUCUGUGCGUCCCAGAAAUCCAUCCUGUCGGAUGGUGUGCCUCGAAUGGUAAACCCCUGGUACCUCCUAAAUCAAUCCAGCAUAAGUGCUCUAACUGGAAAGCAUUUCUCGUGAAGCGACUUACCGGAGUGAAAACUUUGCCACCUGACUUUGCUAAAAAGGUGCAAGAGAGCACACAGUACCCUUUUAAGAAGCUGAUGCGUGUAGAGGUAGUGGAUAAAACUCACCUGUGCCGGACGCGUGUAGCUCUGGUGGAGCAGGUGAUCGGGGGCCGGUUGCGACUCGUCUAUGAGGAGAGCCAGGAUGGCUCCGAUGACUUCUGGUGUCACAUGUACAGCCCACUCAUCCAUUCCAUUGGCUGGUCAAGGAGCAUCGGACACCGCUUUAAAAGAUCUGAGGUGUCAAAGAAAAUUGAGGGACUGAUGGAUGCCCCUUCCCAGUUAUUUCUAAAGGUGAGGGAUGUAGACCAGAGUGGUGAGUGGUUUAAAGAUGGCAUGAAGUUGGAGGCAAUAGACCCUCUGAAUCUCUCAGCUAUAUGUGUCGCUACUGUAAGAAAGGUGUUGGCAGAUGGGUACCUCAUGAUUGGGAUUGAUGGCUCAGAAGCAGCAGAUGGCUCCGAUUGGUUCUGCUACCACUCCACCUCUCCCUCCAUUUUCCCAGUGGGCUUCUGUGAAAUCAACAACAUUGAGCUCACACCUCCAAGAGGGUACAACAAACUGCCAUUCAAAUGGUUCGACUACCUCAGAGAAACAUGUUCAAUAGCAGCCCCUGUGAAGCUCUUUAACAAAGAGGUCCCGAAUCAUGGUUUCCGCGACGGCAUGAAGCUGGAGGCGGUGGACCUGAUGGAGCCCCGUCUGGUGUGUGUAGCCACUGUAACCAGGAUCGUCCACAGACUCCUGCGCAUUCAUUUCGAUGGCUGGGAGGAAGAGUAUGACCAGUGGGUGGACUGUGAGUCUCCAGAUCUUUACCCUGUAGGCUGGUGUCAAGUCACCGGCUACCAGCUACAGCCACCUGCCGCACAGACCACAAGGGAAACACCACCUAAUGUGACAAAGCAGAAAAAGAAAGCUCCACAGUACAAAGGACAAAAGAAAAAGAGGAAGAUUCCAGUUGGGAGGAGGCCGCUCGGGUUUGGUGGGUCUCUGAGGAGGAGCAGUUUCUCAGGCGAUGAAGAACAGACUCCGUCCCUUUACCUUCCCCACCCACCUGGUGUGGAGCGCGAUCGCUCACUCAACUCAGAGGCCACGCUGCAAAUAAAGGAGGAGACUCCAGAGGUGGAUGAGUUCACCUUCUCCCAGGGCACAUCAGACCAAGAGAGCAACGGCUCGGGAAGUUAUUACAUCAAACAGGAGCCGUGAGCGUCAGCCCUGCUGGAGCCUUACCUCACUGCCAACAGCACUGGAAGAGCCCGUUCAGAGUGACACACACACACACACACACACGGCCUGGGAGAACAGGGUGACCUUACUUCCUCUUGCACGCCAGGUCCUUUUCUUUUCAGGUAAGAAAAGCUGAUGAAGAGACAGUAAAGUGGCGAGAGAGACGUAAAGGGGAUAUUUCCUGACUUUCGUUUGAUCAGUUUGCCAGAUGGACUUUUUCCUCAGUGAUCAUUGUACUUGAAGUUUUCAUAGCUGUUUGGGUUUUUGUUUGUUUUUGUUUUUUGUUUUCUUCCCCCCCCUGUAAUAUUUUCAUUAACACCCCUCCCCUCCUCAACCCCAAGACCGUGUGUCUCAUGCGCUGAUUUUAUUUCAAAAGCCCUUUUAUUUGGAUGGGUGUGGAUUUUGUAAGAGCAGUAAAAAUCUAUAUUGAUAAAGUAUAUCCAUAUAUGUAUGGCAUAUUAACUAAAUAAUAGAGUAGUGGAGUAAAGGGUUAAUAAUCUAUUGGUCAUAAACCUUCCUGGUAAGAAGAGGUAUAGCCUAAUGGAAAACACUGUCACAUUUUGCACUACAGGGAUGUAAAAUUAAAUGUAUAUCAGCCUGUGAAAAUGUUGAAGUUACAGCUUUAUUGUAUUAAACAACAAACAAAUGUACAAUAUGUAUAGUGGCUGACAAGUCAACCAUUUAGAGAGGGGAUAUUUGCUCUAAUCAGCAUUACAAUAUGCAAGAACAUUUAUUUGAUAUGAAGCCAGUGUUGAUUAUCUCUUGAUCUCGUACAUGGAGCCAUUUUUCUAUACUGGUUUAAGUAUUUUAUGAGCCACAGAAUAAACAAAAGAAGAACAUGACAUUACUAGCCACUCAACACUACUUCGCCAUGAUCUUAAACUCGCACAGCAGAGACUUUUUUUUUUUUCCUGUAUCACUGAGAUGCGAGAUCCGAGUUCAUCCCUGAACGCCAUGACAGUUUACCAGCCUCUCUGCUUUCGUACUGAACCAAUGAGUGAUUACGCUCCUAUCCUGAGAGCAAUCGUCGAUCUGAUGUGUUCGAAUCUGAACAUUCAUUCUAGAAUAAAGGUUUUUUUCGUACUACCUCUUUAAAAUGAAUUUGAAACCUACAUCGGCUCAUGGGUUCACGUGUAAUCACGCCGCUCUUGCUCGGUUCUUUAACCAUCUUCCUGCAAUAGCUAGUUUUCACUUACCAUUGGAAGGACUAUAAUUCACCAUAUGCAAAAUGAGUUUAUAAAUUCACAUGCACCAUAUAUUAUACUUUACAAGUAACCAAACAUUUAUAUUUGUUACAUAUUGUGAUAUUGAGAGUCCUUAAAAUUGAAGAUAUGCAAUAAUACAGUAAUGUUGUUUUACAAUGUCUUAUUCUUUAAAAAAAAAAUAUAUUAGAACACAUAAAUCUAUACUUACAGUCUAUAAACCUAAAUCAGAUACUCUUACAAUAUGUUGUAAAACUGUGAUGAUUUUGUAGAAGCUAGACUUUCCCUCUUAUGGACUAUGUUGAGUGUUCUAUUAAAAAAAAAAAAACAAAAAACAAAAAACAAAAAAACAAACAAAAAAAAACAGCAACAAAAAACAAGCGAUAUUGUUUGCAUAGUGAUUUAUAUAAUUCUUCUAUUAAUUAUAAUCUCUAUCAGUACCAGUGAGGCUGUUGGUGAAUUUCUCAGGAAAUCUUGUAUUUCAUUGGCUUUUUAUUUUUUUUUAUUUCCUCAUAUUACUGAAUCCAGUUUCCAUAUUGAUGUGAACAUUUUCUUUCAUUUGCAGUACCUCAUAGAAUAAUACAGAACUCAGAAGCCAAACGAAAUCUUUCUAAAGCCCGGUCAUGCAGAGCCACAGCACUGCACCGUCCUGCGUUGUUUUUUUUUUUUUUUUCUGCGUUCGUGCACCUGACGAGGAUCAGGUGUGUGUCGAGGAAACCGUGAAACUGUGCAGUGCUCUGGCUUCUCGUGCAGACUUGCUCAUAUGGACCGCAUUCCACUCUCCUGUUUUUAUUCCCUCCAACCCUCAGUGUGCCAGUUUCAAGAUUUUCACCGAGCUAGAUGUUAAUCAUUUUGGUAUUUGUAUUGUUUUCAACUCUAUGACAUCUGUUGAAGCAAUAACAUGAUGUGCUACAAUGUUGUCAUAUUGGUGUGUUGUUUUUUGCAUCAGUGGUUGCUUUAUACAUUUUGUGAAAUUUUUUAUUUUAUUGCUUUGCUUCCAUUCAACUGUACACUUGUGGCUGUCUUCGAAAGCAGUCUCAGUUUUCUAGAUAGGCUAUUCCUCAAAAUCAUAGCAUCAGGAUUACAGUCAACACUGGUUUGAUGUCAGCUCAUAAUUUUUAUUUUUUUUUUAAUUAUUCUUUUUUCAUUUUGACCAAAUUCACCUAAUUGUCUGCAUCUAUUAAGACAUGACUGUUUCAAGGCAUGAGAUUUUUGCUGCUACCCUCAAAUCAAUUGUAACACACCCUAAUGCACAACUUCACCUUUAAAGCUAAAAAUUGUUUUCUCCACAUCAGAUGUGAUGCCUUAUUUGUUUAUUCAAUAUUAGAAACGUUAAAAAUGUUUCUAGUUAAAAAAAAAAUUAAUUAAGGGAUAACAAUGUGCAGUAGAUUGAUAAUCAUCAGUGCAUGCAGCAAUGUGAGAAUCCGAGAAGACCAGCGCUGUUCUGGUAUCGAAUACUAACACGGGUUUUUGUGAUAUUUCUCCCUGUCCUUAGUAAUGACAUCAUGGUGCUAUAUAUUUGAUAAGUCAUUCGCUUGAUCUAUGAGAGGAAAUAAAGUCCGUAAUUUUAGGGUGGAGACUGAACGUUAAAGUGAAACCUUAAAAAAAAGAAAAAAAAAUUUAAAAAUGAAAUUGUGUAUUUUUGGAUACAAGUAGCUGAAUUAUUUGUAAUAAUGAAAACUGAACUAACAUUAGCCCUCAUGGUACAUUAGAGGUGAGGGUUUGGGGUUUGUAACUUUUUUCAUAGAGUCUGUACAUGUUCUUUCUUUUGUUUCCUAUGAUCCUUUGUGCUGUGAUUAUAGGAUUUGAUAGCUUCUAAUGUAUAUAGUUCAAAUGUGUGUGCGGGAGUCUCUUGUUGGUUGAGAACAUGUUAAUUUGUUUACAAGCAUUGCAAACUGUUUUCCGCAUGGCUGUGAAAAAUGUAUCUGUUGAUUUUUGACAAACAUUUUACACUGAAUUAAAGGAUGCUUUUAAAAA